AUGAUAGCUCAAAGAUCAUCUUCAAAAUGUUUACUUGAAAAGUUAGAUAUAUCAUACCCAAUUUUCCAGUCUCCGAUGGCCGGAGUAUCCACUCCUGAGAUGGCCUCGGCAGUGACUAAUUCCGGUGGUCUUGGAGCUAUUCCAUUAGCUCCAAUCAACUUCCUACAUCCAAACUCAAUUGACAAGUUAAAAUCACUUAUUGACCUGUACACUUUGGGCUUAGCCAAUAAGAACAAUUCAAAUACAAUAAACUUGAAUUUUUUUUGUCAUAAAGUUGAACCUGAGCCUAUAUCAUCUGAGAUUGCGAAUUGGAAAACCCUUUAUCAAAAUGCACUAAAUUUACCUGAAUCCAUACUUGGUAAAACCAAAUUCACCAAUGGCAAUAUUUCAUUCAGAGAAACUGAACAAGAUGAACAAUCUUUAGGGAAACUAUUUGAUUUUCUCGAGCAAUAUAAGCCAAAAUUAACAAGUUUCCAUUUCGGAGUACCUUCACAUGCCACAAUUGCCAAACUUCAUGAGUUGGAUGCUAUGGUGUUUGUUACUGCAACAUCAAUAGACGAAGUUCGUGUACUUUGUGAAGGAGGAGAAGGAGGAGAAGGAGGAGGAGGAGUUGAUGGAAUAAUCCUUCAAGGAUACGAGGCCGGUGGUCAUCGAGGAAACUUCCUUACGAAAUCCAUAUGGGACGAAAACUUAUCAACACAAUCACUAUUCCAAAAGACAAAACAAUACGUUGAAAAGCUUGAGCAAGAUAAACGACCUUUCUUAGUUCCAGCAGGUGGCAUAAUGAAUACAUCACAAAUCAAUUGGUAUAUAAAGAAUGGAGCAAGUGCAUGCCAACUAGGCACGGUAUUCCUCGCAUCUCCAGAAUCAACAACAUCUAGUUUUUUCAGCAAAUUAACCCAAGCCACCCCAGUAUUAAAUAAUACUAUAAUGAUUGACGUAGUCUCUGGUAAACCUGCGAGAUGUAUACGCACCGAGUUUAUCGAUAACUUGUAUAAAGAAUACCAAAGUGGGCCAAAGAGUUUACCACCUUAUGGCUACAUGUAUAGUGCCUACAAACAGUUGAAAACUAUAGCAGAAACAGCAGAACCAGACACCACGUUGCGGUUUGCAUUGAAUAAAGAUAUAGGAUUUUAUCUAGCUGGUCAGAACUUUUACCAACUUGAAAAAGGUCUGACCCGCGAAAUCAUGAAGAAACUAACUACCAAUUUGGAACAGGAUUUACAGCCAUGA